AUGACUGACAUCUGUGUUGGAAAAGAGCAGCUCCUCGGGUCUGUGGCUGAACAGGAGCAAGAGGAGGCUGCUGUCAUCUUCCAGGAGGUGGCGGUAGAGAACGUCUCAGUUCGUUUGACGACCGUCUUUAAAUCGAAGAAGAAGAGUGACCGGAAGUAUUCGUUAGUCGUCGGCAUCGUUAAAUACCCGACGCUGGACAUGAAGCAGGAGUACCAGGAUCUGGUCCUACAGGCGUGCGGAGCCUCAUCUGUGCGUGUCGGCUCCAGGAUCCAGACUCUGUGGAGCGGCUACGGGGACAUAGUCCGGCUGCACCUGGAGGCGGGCAGCCAGGCAGCACGGGACUCGGCAGCUCUGGUCGGUGGAGUAGUUCUGGUACCAGUGGGUCUCCACCUGGGGGAACAGAUUUUCACGGGGGAGCAGAAUUUCGCACAAGACCGGCCCUCCGUGGUCGUGAAACACGUGAGGCUUCCGCACGAGGCCGAGCGCCCGGGCGGCGGGAGCACGGACCGCUCGCACGCACGGAAGGUGAGGUCGUACCAGGUGGAGACCCACUGGUACCAGAACUACUCCACCGACCAGAGCUGCCGAGUCCCGUGCUGCCUGGCUGCCCGCCGCUACGGCCCGGAGCUGGUGCUGGUGCUGGAGGACCUGGACGUGGAGGGGUACGAUCAGAGGAGGACCAGCGUGAGGGACAGAGAGAUCAGGGCUUGCCUCAGCUGGCUUGCCCACUUCCAUGCUCUCUUCCUGGGUGUGGAACCAGUGGGUCUGUGGCCAGUCGGUACCUACUGGCACCUGGAGACCCGGCCCGAUGAGCUGGAGGCGAUGGACGACGCCGAGUUGAAAGCUGCAGCCGCCGACAUCGACAGGAAGCUCAGUGAGUGCCGCUUCAAGACCAUUGUCCACGGGGACGCCAAGCUGGCUAAUUUCUGCUUUUCCCAGCGUGGACAUGACGUGGCAGCGGUGGACUUUCAGUAUGUUGGCGGCGGGUGUGGGAUGAAAGACGUUGUGUAUUUUCUUGGAAGCUGCAUGGACGAGAGGGAGUGUGAGGAAAGGGUGCCGGGCCUGUUGGAGCACUAUUUCACCGAACUGAAGCUGUUUGUAAAAGAAGACGUGGACGUGGACGCGCUGGAAAAAGAGUGGAGAGACAUGUUUGUGUUCGCUUGGACGGAUUUUCAUCGUUUUCUGCUGGGAUGGAUGCCGGGACACUGGAAGGUCAACCGAUACAGUGAACAGCUGACCAAGGAGGCUCUGCACAAACUGAGACAGUAA